AUGGCGACUAAACUCACCUGUUUCAACUAUCCUGGGUACGAGGCCACGGCUGACGCUUACGGUAUCUCGGCCGCCGUCAGAACCCCUCCCGGGUCCAGCAUCAUUGCAAUUUCCGGCCAGACAGGAAGCAACCUGGGUGAAAAGUUUGGGACUCUGGAAGAACAAAUUGUCGGGGCCUUUAAGAACGCCGAUAAGGCACUGUGUGCAGCGGUGCCUGAGCUGAACUCCAAAGAGAUAUGGCAAUGUGUCUUCACCAUGACGUUCUACCUAGUUGGACAAUUAUCGUCCGAGGUUGGAAUGCUUCUGGACUCGGUCGCAAAGUCGUAUCUGGGAGAUCACCGUCCGGCAGGGACCGCGGUCCAGGUUCAGGCACUGGCUUAUCCUGAUUGCUUCAUCGAGGUGCAAGUCCAAGCAGCGGUGAAAUUGGACUAG